AUGGGAGUUCAUUCUUCAUCAACUUCUCCUCAAAAGCAACAGAAAGAAGAAGAGAAAACACCGUCUUCUCCUCUGCCUCCUUCUCGAGAAUGGUCCAUCAUGGAAGAAACCUUGCUGCUCAAGGCCAUUUGCCAAGGAUUACGACCAGUAGGAACGAAAAAACAUUUUCAUAUGAUUGGAAUGCUACGAAUGAUUCAUGAUGGGUGUCAAACAUCGACAAAGCGCGUGCAAGACGUUUGGGAAAAAGUGGAAACGCUGUAUAAUUUGCAGGAAUUUGAGCGAUUGGAAGCCGUUCCUUCACCGUCUGCUGGUGAAAAGCGGAAACGCGAUGCAGAAGUCGACGACGCGAAAGAGGAAUCUCAAACAGAUUUUGAACUUCCAAAAUUUAUUUUACAUUCUACAACAAAUCCACCCCUCACUCCGAAAUCCACUCCUAUUGCUGGUAGCACGGGCGAGAAAAAGAUGACUCGAUCGAGUAUAGCCGCUGCUGCUGCUGCUGCUGCUACUGCUGAUAAGCAUGAAAGUAAUCAGGAACCUUUGGAGGAACCAGAUGUAAAAGAGGAAAAAGAUGAGGAUAGCUUCGAUGAACCACCGACCAAACAAUUGCGUUCUUCUACCAUGAAACCAACAACCCCUUCAAAAAACCACGAUGCCGGUUCUACAAGGAAAAAUCAAGCAAAUCAAGAGAAAACAGAAGUCACCGGGAAGCAGCAAACAGAGGAGUCUUCCAACACACAAGCUGCUCAAAAACAAUCCGAGCCAACGAAUCCAUCUCCGCCAAUUCGACGAAGCACCCGGAGUCGAAGAGCAUAA